AUCACAGUGGGAUGCUGAUGAGUUUCCACGUCUUGCAUCUAUUUUGGAUUCCAUUGAUGAAAUCAAAAUUCUUCAGCAUCUUGAUGUAGUUGAAGGUAGCUAGAAGAAUUAGAAAAUCCUCACUAAAAUCUUAACACUAAUUAUUAUUUUUUUUUUUUGCAUUUUUAAUUUUUUUUUUUAUUAUAGAUUAUUGGAAUAUUUUUAAAUAAACAGAAUUUAACUAUUUUCUCUGAUGGGCCAAUUUCAACAAGAUAGGGCAAAGACAUUGGUCUCUAGUUAAAUUCAAAUAAAAGGCAUUGACCUGAAUGUUUUUAUGACCCUCAGAUUUUUGUCUUCUUCAUGAUGUGAUUUUCAUGUUUUUAUUUAGUGAGCUAUCACGUUUGAUCACCAAUUUAGGAAUUGCUGAGAGUUCAUUUAUGAGGGUCUUUUAAAGACCAACAAUAACCUUACUUUACUCUUACUUAAUCAUGCCUUUUACCCCGCUUGAGGCAUAGGUUGUCUUUGUGUGAUUUUCAUUCAUCUGAUUCAUGUGCUUACCCUUCCAAUUGCUUUCAGGUUUAUCCCAUACUUAGUGUGUCUUACUCUAGCUUGCAUCUCCAUGUAUUCUUUGGCUUUCCUCUCUUUCUUUUUCCCUAUUGGUUCCAUGAAAGAGAUUGUCUGGUGAUUUGUCUUGGAGAUUUACGAAGAGUCUGCCCUAUCCACCUCCAUCUCUUCUUUGUGAUAUCUUCAGCAAUAGGCUCUUGAUAUACAGCAAGUUAAUGUUUUCAGAGACUCUAUAACCAACAAUGAUAAAUUUAGAGCAUAAAAAGUUGUCUGAGAGAUAACUGCUUUGAUAAAUUUCAGUUUGCCUUGGAUGGGAGCGAAACAAUAGGUACAGUCUGUACAACAAGAACGGCGAGCAGAUUUUGUAUACAUAUGAAGGUAAAACACAUAGCUUAUCUGUCUUAUUGCAUGGCUUUCUUUAGCUUAUCUGUCUUAUUGCACUGCUUUCUUUUUUCUUCAAAUUAAAAUUUUUUAAACAUUCAAUACUGGUUUAAAUGAUACUUAUUAUCAACAGAUAUUUUUUUUGUUUGAUCGGUUUCAGUUUUUCAACAAAUUUAAUGAAAAGUUUUACUUCAUAAUACUAUUGUGUAUUAUCUGCCUUCAUCCUGUUAAUUAUCAUGGCCCUUUGCUUACAAUUUUAAACUUUGAUGAUUUGAAUCUGGAAUGUAUGGUUGCCCCAAUUGAGAGGAGUCACUUUUGUCUUUGCUAGCAGUUGGCAAUCUAACAUUCUUGAUGAUUAAAAAUAAUGCCCGAAAGAUAACAGAGCUAAAAAUUAGUCUGCCCUCUAACUGCUUACAGUGUUGAUGCUGUCCUUCCAUUGAGAAUUAAAAGUGGUUGAAAUAGUUGAUUAAUUGCAAUUUUAAUACAUUUAAUAAACUUAACUUGUUCAGUUAAUUCUAAGCUAUGAUCGAUAGCUCAAUUAUUACAUUUAGAUAAAGUCAAAGCAUUGAUUUUUUAUGCACGUACUAAAAAAAGUCAGACAAUGGAAUAAAGAUAGGUGCAGAAAUCAUAUCAUACUGCAUUAAAGCAAGUAUUAUUUUUAUUUAAGGUAUUAAAUAAUUGAGCUCUGUUGUUAUUUUCAGCUGCUCAAUGUGUUGCCCGCCAGUGCUUUGGUUCUCUCAGAGAGUUGACUCUGGUUGUAACAGAUAAUGAUGACAACCGACUUCUUUUUCUCCAGCGCCCCCUACGUUGUUCUUCAAGGUGCUUUUACGCAUGCUGCUGCCUCCAGACAAUGGCUGUUAGCACAUCCGAUGAAAGUGAUGAUAAGUUGGCAGUAGUUAGUGAGAGGUACUGGCACAGCAAUGUGUUGAUACAUGUUUCUAGGGUUGGAGAGAUAAGCAAAGGCUUAUUUUGAGUGUUCAAGUGUUAUUGUUUUAAUCAAGAUAUCAAAUUCUAAACAUCAUAUGAUGGCUGUAUAAAAAUAUUGUGUUGGUUUUAAAUAUGUUCAUUUGUAGUUUAAUUAACUACAAAAAAUGUAUGAUCAGCUUAAUACAUCAUGCCCUGUUGAAAAAUUAUUAAUUUAACACAUUAUUUAUCUAUCAUUUAUUAUUUCUUGUGUUUUUAAAGAGCCAGCUUGACCUAGGAUUUAUGAAGGAUCUUAUAAAACAUUUUUUUCUAUCAUUUUAAAUAACAAUGGCUUUUUACAAUAGGUGGACUUGUUGUUUGCCUGAAUAUCAAGUUGAAGAUUCAUUAGGGAAUAUCAAGUUUACCUUACACGGAACAUUGUGUCAUUGCCGUUGUUGCUGUAACAUUACCUUUACUGUGAGUAUGAUCUUAGCACCAGGAUAUUUAAACUAAGCCUGAAUUGUGAUAGUAUAGCUUAUCACACGUCUCUUUGUAUCUGGAAGCAUUGUGUGAUGCAAGUGUAUCUUUAAAUCUCCGUAGAAUAUUUCAUUUUAGUGAGAGAUGAAAAUUUGUGUCAUAUCAUGUAAGUGUAAGUUACUUUAUUAAUAAGUUAUCAUUUUAUGUAUGUAUUUAAAUAUGUCUAUGAAAUAUAUCUAUAAAACAAUGGUAGAUCUUAAUCUAUUCUUAUUAUUUUGUUAAUAGUAUGAAGUAUGUAGGAUGUCAACAUUAUGCUUACUCAUCAGACGUUUUUUCAUCAUUAUAGGUGAAGAGUCUGAAAGGGUUUGAAGUUGCAUCUAUCACUACACAGUGGGGUGGUUGGAAAGAAUUUAUUGGAGCUUGCAAUGAAUUCACUAUC